GAGCGCCCGGAACUUGGAUCCCUGGGCACGGUCGGCAGGGUAGGGAGGAAGGUCGGCGGAGCGCCCCGAGGGCUGACCCGGCGGAGGCGCCCAGGCCGGCACUAAGGCGCUACCUUCCAAGCGGACGCCACGGGCACCCGAACCGGUUGAGCACUGGGUCUCUCACCCGAGGCGCCUCGGGGUCUCGCUGUGCAGUCUAGGCUGGCCUCGGCCUUGCAGCGAUCCUCCUGCCUCAGCCGCUCACAGGCUUGUGCCACCUCAAGACAGCUUUGAGCACGGCGCAGGUGGCUGCCGGAACCCAGGAGCUACGGCUUGGGUAAGGGGCCACCUUGUCCACGGGUGGAUGCGGCAACGUGGGGACGGCACUGGGUAGACUAAAUGGGAAGUUAAGUGUCGGGGGUUGGGGAUGGGCCCCUGGAGGGGAGGGGAGGACCCCGCAGCCCGAGCGCUUUCGGAGCAGAAG